AUGGCGAACGGAAAUCCCCAGGCUAUAGGGAUUAUGACUCAAAGUGGGCUUUACUGGUCGCGAGCUCCGAAAGAUGUGUAUAGCUUCUUACUUGGACUUCGUUCAAGCCGCCAUACCACACCUCCUGCGAGCUUUGACACUUCGGACACCGACGAUGAAUCUAAACAGCCAAGCAACAGAACGCUACUUGAGGGUGUUUAUGAGAAUCUGCGAAGUAUGGACUGCGGCGAUGGGUUUCUACCCAUACUACUUGCGCCUUUCAUGGGUGUUUUGCCCACCAAAGAUCUCCUCACCAUUUCUUGCAUCUGGAGCACAAGAGUGGCUAAGGUUCUAGGAAAAUCUGCGGCUACAAGGCUUGUGCACACGGUGCUCGACUCGGAUUCCCCUUAUGGAGACAAUACCGAGCUCACAGAAGAGGCACGCGUCUACAAUGAGACUUUAAUGAACGUUGCUGAAGUAGCCGAACCUGUUGAAGACCUGGCUUUGUCCAGCGCCAGCGUUCUGUUACAUAAAGACGUCGAGUUUUCCGAACCAUCGUCACCCGCUGGCAAUUUCCUGACCACCAUGUGUGACCGCGUUAAAGAUAGACUUGUUGAUGGCCGAAUGCUUGAAGAGUUCACUGAAGUGCCGGAAUCAUUGAUCCCAACAGGCCAAGGGAUCAUGCAAUUGAACGCACUGGUUCCUUUGCUUCUCAGGCAACAUCCAGCCUAUAAAAGGAACUCUUUUUCUCUUCAAUCGACAGUCAAUGAGGCAUUUGUACUAUACUACUGUUACAGAGGGAAGAAAUGGCUUUGGAACUGUUGGGAAGAUCACCGCGAAUGGGGAGUAGUUGAUGCCGAGAUCGAGCUUGAAUUCGACAAUUUUGCAUCUGCCUGCAUGACAGGUCUUCUGCACAUCGACCUCGACAUAACAUAUCUCAUGGGACUGAUGCGAAUAGCCGCUGUGCUCGAGCAUGGUGCCGGUGAUAAGUUCUACUACAGAAAGACUAUACUUGCCCAAGCAUGGACUGUCGCUCUGGCCAAAACCCUCACAGAGCUGAGGAACCUCCAAGAUGAGGGUCGCAGCCGCCAGACCGAUAUAUAUGUUUUUGUUGACUGCUAUGUAUUUCAGCUCUGA